GGGUAACGUUCACUUCACGAGUUGGGUGGACUGAGACGAGGUGUAGCGUUACUAAGUCCAGUUAGUGAGGAUCCGAGUCAAAGAUAAAGAGGCAGAGACUCGAAUCGUACUUCUUCUCCUUCGGGUUUCUGAUUUUCCAAUUUUCCGAAAAACUGAGAGGUAGACGAGAAGAUGAUGAUGAGGGUUCCUUCUGCUUCACUUACAUCUUCAUAUCCUCUACCUUCUUCUGCUAAUUCUUCUUCUUCCUCUUCUUCUCAUCCAAUCAUCUACCUCAACCUCAUCAGUAAGAAGAACAAAAAAACUACCUUUUCUUCUUCCUUCACAACCACCACCACCACUUCUAGUGGUGGUCUUACUUGGUCAAAUCGUAUUGGACACUCUCUCCGCUGUUUCUCCGCUUUGACUCCAGGAUUAAAGACAACCAUAGAUAAAGUAGUUACAGCAGACAAAGUUGUCCUUUUCAUGAAAGGAACUAAAGAUUUCCCACAGUGUGGUUUCUCUAACACUGUUGUUUCGAUACUGAGGUCUCUUAAUGUUCCUUUCGAGACUCACAACAUCCUUGAGAAUGAGUUACUUCGUCAGGCACUCAAAGAGUACUCCAACUGGCCUACGUUUCCUCAACUCUAUAUUGAUGGUGAAUUCUUUGGUGGUUGUGACAUCACUGUUGAAUCAUAUAAAAGCGGGGAACUGCAGGAGGUCUUGGAGAAGGCAAUGUGCUCUUGAUGCAACAGGAUCCACGGAUAUGAUUUUGGAUGUCACCAUGAAGGAUGCCCUGUUUAUCUUGUACCAUCUAAUUUGCACCAGAAACCACACAUCUCUAGUUUCAAAAAUUAAGAAUUACUACUUAUUGAUUCUGUAAAUCCAAAUGUUGUUAUGCAAAAUCUUAAGCAACAAAUGUAAUAUUUUGCUAUCUUAUUUCUUAAAUUUCAAUCAUUCUUUGUGGAUUCAAA